AUGAUGGUGCAGGUCUGCCUGCUGGAUUUCCCUUGGGUGUUGGACUAUAUCUUGGCAACGCGAUUCAACUGCUCUUUGCGACAAAUUCGUCAUGCAGUAUGCAGCAUAGUGCUCACGCUGCGGACCAUCUUGUCAGCAGCAGUCGAGUUGGGCCUACUGGUUUCUCAAGACUCUGAUGCUGAUGGAUCCAUCUCGGCAAAACCUUUCAUCGAUAACAUGAUUCACGUUAUCAGUGAGUGUUUGAAGAACUUCCCGCUUUGCUUGGAUUCGGAGUUCUUCCACUCGUUCCUGGAGCCACUGCCCAGCCAUCUGAGAUUCCUGUGUGGAAAUUUUCACCCCUUGACGCACAUGCAGUUUGAGGACUCUGCCAAGCAAAAGGCCUUUGAAGCGCAAACGAAGGCAAUAACGCAGGCUUUGUCUGAGCUGCCGUCGCAGUGUUCCAACUUGGAACUUCAUAUGAGCUCACAAGAGCCUGUGCUCAAGCAGAUACAGCUUAUCAAGGAGCAUCUGCGAGCACCUCUCUGGAUGCUGAUGCACGACUUCCGAAGCCUGCAGGGCGAGGAGAAACUUCUCGUUGAGGAUGUGCGACAAGCUGUCCGGGCAACUGCAGAGCUCCAGGCACGCGAAACGGGCGAGCUCCCAUCCUGGCCACAGGUAUUGGGUGACACGCUGCUCUUGCUGCUGCCACUUUGGAAGCUGUCCGCGCUGGCAGUUGCCAAGGGCCAGGAAGCACUGACGCAUUUCGUCGCUGGACCACCACUGGGUGCAAACUUGGGAGCUCAGCGUCUUCUGAGACGGCUCAUUGAAGUCUUACUGAGUGACAAGGCGGAUUUCAUGGACAUCGCUCUUUGGUUUGCAGCCGAACCUUCGUCUGCAGCCUUGCUAACCAGCGGGGAGGCAGUUCACUUCCUCCUCCCGGAGGCGGCUAAUGACGAUGAGUUCGCGAGCUUUCGAAAAGAUGGCCUUUUGCGCACGCAGGACAAUCUUGCGUAUUUGCAGGGACAUCUCCUCAGGCUGCCAAAGCAUCUGAGAGUUCAUGUUUCCGCUUACUGGCGGAAAGCUGUCGAAGAGGUCCACUUAUAUCUGCAGUUAUACCUCAGAGUCAUUGAGGCCUUUCUGGAGGUACAGAAAGAGGUCCACACCUUUGUCCAGACUCAAUUGUUCAUGGAGGUGCUGCUCGGUCUGUUCGGGUCCUAG